AUGUCCGGAUUAGACGUGGCGGUGUCCGUUCUCUCACUGAUCGAGGCCUCGAUCAGCCUCAUCGGCCAGCUGCACGACGCCUACACGCGCCAAAAGGAGCACGCCAGCCUCCUCGCGGGGUACGAGGAGGAGCUGCGCAGCGCCCAGAGCAUCAUCCAGGUGGUCGCGGACGAGCCCGACCUGCAGACCGCCGAGAUCUCCGCGCAGCUGGUGCGGACGGAGGCGCUGGUGCAGAAGCUGGUCGAUCUGCUGCGGAGCCUGUCCGCGGAGAACCACCCCAGGAGCGCGGCGCGGCAGUUCUUCCACCAGCUGACGCAGGGCUCCAGGGACGAGAAGGCGCUGUCGGCGCUCGUGGACCAGAUCUACCGCGCAAAAGCCGACUUGACCGUGUUGAUUCAGGUCGCCGGGGUCGGGCUGGUGCGGACGACGGACAACACCCUCGCCGCGAACACCGAGAUCAUCAAUCGCGUGGACCGGCACAUUCGGGAGGUGCUGGGGGAUGGUCGGGGGUUGAUGAUUGGGAGGUUGAUCCCCGAUGGUGAGGCGGAUGCUAAGCGCGAGAUCCCCUUGAGCCGUGAAGAGGUGGCAGCGGUGAUGGGACCGCCGGAGGGAAGCAGCAGCAGCAGCAGCACGGAGCGGAUCAUCGAGAACAACCUCACGCAGCAGCAAGCCCUUCAAAUCAACGGCCCCGUGGGCGAGGACCGAUGGAAAUCGAUCAGCCGUCUGGUGAUCCGGCAGAACAAGGCGACGGGCACAAGUACGCAGGUCAACUAUCCGGUGUCGGCCUCGAUCUUCUACGUCCUGCUGGUCAAUCACUUGAUCAAAUACGUUCUAGCGGAGACUCAGGCUGAGCUAUAA